AUGGCCAAACUUACAGUGGUAGAUUUCUCCGACAAAGACUGCUUCAAGCCAGGGACCAGUUCUUGGCUCUCAUUACGCAGAGACAUUUGUCAUGCACUUGAAGAGCUUGGCUGUUUCGUGGCAAAACUACCCGACCUAAUUCCUUCUGAGAUUCGCAGUCCCUUCUUUGGUACGUUGGAUGAGUUGUUUAAUUUCCCAACCGAAACCAAGCUGCAAAUUACUUAUGAAAGGCCUUUCCCCAUGGGCUACAUAUCUUUGAACGCCGCUAAUGAAAGCUUGGCGAUUGGUUAUCCUACAAACCCUGAAGAGACUAAAAAGUUUACGCAUCACUUUUGGCCCAAUGGAAACGAUCAAUUUCGUCAGGGUGCUGAUUUGUUUGCAACAGUGAUGGAAAAACUAGAUCAUACUGUGACAAGAAUGGUAUUUGAAAACUAUGGAGUGGAGAAGUACCAUGAUGAUCACAUUCGAUCAGUUGUUUACUUCUACAAAUUUAAUAAAUACAAUGAACCUGAGAAAAGUGGAAUUGAUGUGGGAAUGCCCGGCCAUACAGACAAGGGCUUUAGCACCGUACUCUGUCAAAAUCAUGUCAAAGGUCUGGAAAUACGGUCAAAGGACGAUGAGUGGAUUUCUUUUGAUCCUGUGCCUUCAUCCUUCAUCUUUAUAGCUGGUGAUGGAUUUAAGGUUUGGAGCAACGACAGAAUUCAAGCUUGUAAACAUCGAGUCACCUUGAGGGAGAAUGGUGUAAGACACUCGUUAGCUCUAUUUUCAUUCAAGGAAGGGGAAACAUGCGUACCCAAUGAGCUUGUAGACAAGGACCACCCCCUAAAGUAUAAGCCAUUGCAUCUAUUAGAAUAUGUUCAAUAUUUCAUGGAGAAUUACCCCACACUUGGACCUAACUUUUCCAUCAAGACAUAUUGUGGCGUUUGA